AUGCGUGGUGGGAGGGGAAUAUGCCAUCUUUGUGAUGGUGUAGGCAUCUUGGCCAUCGGUGGAGUCUCUAACAUCGAUUCUCUAUUUCUUCUGUUGAAUGAAGGGGCUGCAAUAUCUAUUGAAUCUUUUACAGAUUUUUGGGCUCUCGCAGAAAGGGAUCAUUUGGAAUCUGCAAACCAAAACAUUAAAUUCAAUCUUGAUGAAGUUAAGGCUUGCCACUUGUUGAGUUUUCUGUCGAAAGAGCUUUUGGGAGAUUUUGAGGCAUGUGCUGAAAUGUUCAUUCCAGUCCUUUUCAAGCUUGUUGUGAUAACUGUACUUGUAAUUGCAGAGUCAGCAGAUAAUUGCAUAAAGACAAUGUUGCGUAAUUGCAAAGUUGCCCGUGCACUUCCUCGUAUAGCAGAUUGUGCAAAAAAUGACCGCAAUGCUAUACUUCGUGCAAGGUUCGAUCAACUGCAAGAUCUUGCUACAGAAUGUUUUCAAAAACUUGGCCUGAGCGUUCGCGGCGAUUGUUUUCAUCUUUUGAUCCCAUUAUUCAAAGGGUAUGUUCUUUUUUCAUCAAAAGACAUUUCUGUCUGCCCACCCUCACCUCCUCCUCUAAUACACAACACACACACAAUUCUUUUUCUUAAAUACACAAAUCUCCACAUCAUUUUUGGGACCCUGAUUAAGGUGGUCGUGUUUUCACAGAUAAUAAAUGACGAGGAUGGGGGUAUGCAUAGACGACACAAUUCUCCUUCUAUUCGUGAGAGGAGUUCACAAAUACCAUUUACCCCUCAAGCUUCUGCUCCAAAUGUACCGGAUAUGGAACUUCAGCAAUAGUUGCCAUGGACAGAAGUGCAAGUUUAACAUCUGGGACAUCUUUUUCCUCUGGGCUACUUUUGUCACAAGCAAAGUCAGUUGGUAAAGGUACAGAACGUAGCCUGGAAAGUGUGUUGCAUGCGAGCAAACAAAAGGUUACG